AUCAGUGACCGCUAGUGAUAGCGCUGCAGAGCUCAGUGUGAGAGUCUCACAGAAAUACAAACUCCUCCUGGGUUCGUGGCACUAACACAGUCAGAGGGUUUCCACCAUGGCCUGUGAGCACUGAGAGAAGCUGGCACCAUGAUCGGAGGACUUUUCAUCUACAACCACAAGGGUGAGGUGCUGAUCUCCCGCGUCUACCGUGAUGAUAUAGGGAGGAAUGCAGUGGACGCGUUCCGCGUGAACGUGAUCCACGCCCGACAGCAGGUGCGCUCACCCGUCACCAACAUCGCUCGCACCAGCUUCUUUCAUGUCAAACGCUCCAACAUCUGGCUGGCUGCUGUUACCAAGCAGAAUGUCAACGCAGCCAUGGUGUUUGAGUUCCUGUACAAGAUGUGCGAUGUCAUGACGGCCUACUUUGGCAAGAUCAGCGAGGAGAACAUCAAGAACAACUUUGUGUUGAUCUACGAGCUGUUGGAUGAGAUUCUGGACUUUGGCUACCCACAGAACUCUGAGACUGGAGCACUGAAAACCUUCAUCACUCAACAGGGUAUUAAGAGCCAGCAUCAUACUAAAGAGGAGCAGUCGCAGAUCACCAGUCAGGUGACCGGACAGAUCGGAUGGAGGCGCGAGGGCAUUAAGUACCGUCGCAACGAACUGUUCCUGGACGUUUUAGAAAGUGUGAACCUGCUCAUGUCGCCACAGGGUCAGGUGCUGAGUGCUCAUGUCUCAGGCCGUGUGGUUAUGAAAAGCUACCUGAGCGGAAUGCCUGAGUGCAAGUUCGGCAUGAACGACAAGAUCGUCAUCGAUAAGCAGGGCAAAGGGAGCACCACUGACGAUGCUGGCAAGAGCAGUGGAAAACAGUCCAUAGCUAUCGAUGACUGCACCUUCCACCAGUGUGUACGACUGAGCAAGUUCGACUCUGAGCGCAGCAUCAGCUUCAUCCCACCGGAUGGAGAGUACGAGCUCAUGAGAUAUCGCACCACUAAGGAUAUCAUCCUGCCGUUCCGUGUCAUCCCGCUGGUCAGAGAGGUGGGACGCACCAAACUGGAGGUGAAGGUGGUCAUCAAGUCCAAUUUCAAACCAUCGCUGCUUGCUCAGAAGAUCGAGGUGCACAUCCCCACCCCUCUCAACACCAGUGGCGUGCAGGUGAUCUGCAUGAAGGGAAAAGCCAAGUACAAGGCCAGUGAGAAUGCCAUUGUGUGGAAAAUCAAGCGUAUGGCUGGUAUGAAGGAGUCUCAGAUCAGUGCUGAGAUUGAGCUGCUACCCACCAACGACAAGAAGAAGUGGGCUCGUCCACCCAUCUCCAUGAACUUUGAGGUGCCGUUUGCUCCGUCUGGACUGAAGGUGCGCUACUUGAAGGUGUUUGAGCCAAAACUGAACUACAGCGACCAUGAUGUGAUCAAAUGGGUGCGGUACAUCGGCCGGAGCGGCAUCUACGAGACGCGCUGCUAGCGCUGGUCUUGCCGGUCUUUCUUAGUCAGUCAGUCGAUCAGUGAGUCUGUAGAGAGGUGGAGGAGUAAAGAUGAAUGAGUGAAGGCUCCAUGAAUUUUGGAGGUGCAGAAUGGGCUUUCUUUUAUCCUUCAUCUUCUUUUGUUGUUCCUCCGUUCACACUGAUGGCGUUUCAUGUAAAUCUCACAAAUAUUCAACGUGACUCAAGUUUCCGUGAGGCAAAUAAAUGGGUUCAGUUACUGUUUAAAUGGGCGUGCCCACCCUAUUUUCAUUCCUUUACAUGCAUUCCUGACCCCCUGCUGGUUUUGGUGAAGAUGGAUUGGUCUCAUAACCCUAUAAGCAGCCAUGAACCUCAGUCUCGGUGUGGCUCCGUUUGCCUUUGACCAAACCAUUUUCUACCUGCUGGGAUCUUAUUUUUUCUUUUUUCAUUAAAUAUGUUUCCCCCCUUUUUAUUAAAUCCCACUCCCUGAGUGCAGUAGCUAGUUAUUGUUCUUGUUUUGUAAGCCGUGUUAUUGUAGGCAUCAAUACUUAUGCUCCAACUCUUAUCACUUAUAGUCGAUUCCCCUCCAUCUCCGUCAGUGCUUGUAAUAAUGAGGAAAUGUUGUUGCCUUUGGUCUCUGAUCCGUUCAGUUUUAACUUUUAUCUGUGUGACCAAAAUCCUCAUAAAUGAGGAAAUAUAAACGGAAAAUACUAAUACUAGAGUAAAUCCAGCUGAUCGUGUGUAUGUGUGUACAGAUUAUAAACACCAUUAUAUACACUGUAAAUCAGUUAAAAAAGGCAAAGCUGGUUCAUUUAGACCAGUUUUAGCUUGUGUCCAUAUUUGAGAGAUUUAGCCUCUGUAGCAGGGCUCCCCAACAUCUCUCAGCGUCCAGUUUACCAGGUUGUUUACAAAAUCCUUCCUAUACACUGGCAUUUCCUCCUGCGAGUCGUUUACUGAGAUUUUACUGCACAAAACAGAAGGCAACAACAUCACAUACAGAACUAAAGAAAAUAGCAUACACCCAAAACCCCCCACUGUGAGCAGAUGAACUGUUUAAUGAUCUUGAAAAGUCAGUCAGAGUUCAGUCUUCAACACUUCUAUUAAAUCUUUUUUUAAGGUAGCACUGAAUCUAGUGCUGCUACUAAAAAUAUGUCAAUUUAAAACACUAUACAAGGAUAAUUGCAAUGAUAAAGGAGAUUAAAUGGAGCUCACUUCAGGUGCUUGAUCUAAAAGCUAAAAUGUUUCCAAACACUACACAAAUCCUGACUGCAUUUCUCAGACAUGAUUGGAGAUCUCUCUGAUGUGUCCUGCCCCUCUGAGAGAUGGUGAGGGUCCUAAUGGCUCGAUCCCUCAGCUUCAGUGUGUGCUCUUCAUUUGGUAACUUUGUGAUCGUUCUGUUAAUCUGAAUAAAGAAAUAAUAAAAGAA